AUGGCUGGCAAAUACGAUCUGGUGGUCCUCAAUGGGAAGGUAGUCACUGCUAGUGAUAUCAAUGACUAUUGCAUUGGCGUUAAAGAUGGGAAAAUCAAAACCCUCACUGAGGCUUUCUCGGAAGAUGAGAUGGCAGGCGCCGAGGUGAUUGAUGCCGAAGGGGCAUAUGUGAUGCCCGGUGGAAUCGACGCUCACGUCCACUUAUCUCAAGACUUGAAAACCGGACCACACGGCCUGGGAGGGGAAUGUGCCGAUAAUUUCGAAACAGGCUCACGAAGUGCAGUGGCCGGUGGCACCACGACCAUUAUCACUUUUGCUACACAGACCAGAGCAGAAGAAGACCGAAGCCUUAUCAAGGUCGUAGAGGCUUAUAAUGCGCUUGCCGAGGAGACAGGCAGCUACGUGGACUAUGGGUUCCAUAUCAUUAUUGUUCGCAAUGAUGCUGAUGUGCUGGAGAACGAACUCCCGGUUUUGAUCAAUGACUGGGGAAUUAGCAGCUGCAAGCUCUUUCUGACGUAUGAAACACAGCGGUUGACGGAUUCGCAACUUUUGGAUGUUAUGUGGGCUGCUAGGAAAAACUCCAUCACCACGAUGAUUCAUGCGGAGAAUGGGGAUAUGAUUUCAUGGCUCACACAGAAACUCGAGGAAAACGGAAUGAAUGGUAGGCCUAUAUUCACCCCGGUCUAUUCAAUGGCCACUAAUGUGUUACAGCUCCGUAUUACCACGCCUUGUCUCGCCCACCUCUUGUCGAGGGGGGAGGCAACUAAUCGCGCCAUUGCCCUAGCGCAAUUGAUUCAAAAUCCGAUUCUUUUCGUGCAUAUCGGCUCUGCACUUGGGGCGGCUAAUGUACGCCGGGCUCAAAAUAUGGGAUUGCCCGUAUAUGCUGAAACAUGCCCUCAAUAUUUCCAUCUGACAUGGAACGACCUAAAACGGUUCCAUUCACCCACUUGUUUCGAAAAUAGCAAAAUGAUAUGCUCUCCUCCUCCACCACCGGAUGCUUCUGACCAGGAAGAUCUGUUUGUUGGCCUUCACAAUGGAACCUUCACGAUUUACUCAUCCGAUCACUGCCCUUUCCGCUAUGACGACCCCCACGGCAAACCUUCUGGGGUGCUUGAGCACGCCAAGAGCAUGGAAGGGGAGUCGCCGGAUGCUUGCGAGGAUUUGCAUGGCCUCUUGGCACGCAAGGAAGGGUCAUUUAAAUUGAUUCCAAACGGAAUUCCUGGUGUUGAGACCCGACUUCCACUGCUUUACACCGGGGCACUAUCAACUGGCCGCAUAUCGCCGCAACGGUUUGUAGAGCUUACAUCUACAAAUCCAGCCAAACUGUACGGGUUAUAUCCCAAAAAGGGGACGCUGAUGCCAGGCUCUGACGCCGAUUUGGUUAUUUGGCACCCUCAGAAGACUUUUGAGCCGUUCCAUCUCACGAAUGCCCAACUCCACCAUAAUGUCGAUUAUACGCCAUACGAAGGGAUUAAGAUGAUCAAUUGGCCUCGUUAUACGAUUCUCCGAGGCAAAGUGAUGUGGGCCAACAGUAAAAUACUUGGUAAGAUUCGGGAUGGCCAGUAUGUGAAGCGUGGUCCAAGCCAACUGAGUCAAGGGCUUCCUGGAGCCGAUCGAGAUCCACGACGUGUUGCAGCUUGGCUAUAUGACUGA